CACACUAGCUGGCAGCGCUCGAGGGUCACGUGACUCUGGUGUAUAUAAACAAGCGCUGUGCACGCCGCCCGCGUACUUUCUGUCGGGUGCUGCGGCUUAGUGUCCGUUUAGAAUAUAGCGAUUUUUGUCGCGACAAGCUGCUAGACGUUUAUUUCAGGGACAUUGCAGACUAAAACCUGCAGUCAUGUCCUCUACCUCUCAGAAACACCGGGACUUUGUAGCUGAACCCAUGGGGGACAAGCCUGUCACUGCCCUUUCUGGAAUCGGAGAGGUUCUUGGUAAAAAGCUUGAAGAGCAGGGCUUUGAUAAGGCGUAUGUCGUUCUCGGUCAGUUUCUUAUCCUCAGAAAGGACGACGACCUCUUCAUUGACUGGUUGAAAGAUGCAUGUGGCGCCAAUUCUAAGCAGGCUCUCUUGUGUUACUCUUGUUUAAAAGAAUGGUGUGAUGCCUUCCUUUAAAAAAUGCUGAAACGGACUGAAAACCUCUCGGGUCUGGUAAACCUGGAACGAGUUGACUGGAGAGCCGGAGUGUUUUUUUAUUUUGGAAAUGUCGGUUGAUUAAAAGGACCUCCUGGGAUGAAAGCGUUUUAAAGUAAAGAACAUUGUGAACAUGCAAACUAAACCCCAAGAGUUGAUUCCUCAAAUAACUGCAUAUGUGAACUUUGUUGAAUUUGGCACUUAACGCUGACUGAAGCUUCAAUUUCAGAUUCAAGGCUAAUACUUGAAACUUGUAUUGGGGUACAUUCAUAAUUCAUUACAUACAUUAAAAAAGAGAUGUUCUAAAAUGGGGGGGCUAGCGAGACUGUUAAAUGUUUGUUCGAGAUGUGCUGAGGAACUAAUAUAGAAUCUUAAGGCUUUGACUGUUACAUUUUUAUUGGUAUUGAACUAAAGUUAUGUAAUAAAGACUAAAGUUUGUCUUGUACACUUUUGUGAAUUCUUGCACUAA